UGGAGGCUGGUCUCUCUAGUCCGCCGGAAACCACUAAAAGGAGGGGGAUAGUAAAGAGUCCCGAGUUGGGGGCCAGUCUAAGUAGUGUAGUGGAGGAAAUGAUGGGGGGGGCGAAAGCGCUAGAUAGGGUCGAGGGAGGUCCGGAAAUGGCUUCGGAGGAAAGACAAGCCUCGGAGGGGAAAAGGACUGGCACGGAAGUGCGGGUGCACAGGGAUGUGGGGUCGCAGGUGCCGGUGAACGAAGGGGUCACCGAAGCCGCGAGAGGCGUUCCGGUGGAGUCCCGGUGGGCGGACCUAAUGGAUGCGGAAGCAAGGUUAGAAGAAGCGCGGGAAUUUCCUAGAGAUAGACAGGGGUAUCGACCUCUUAGGAGGGAGGAAGAUGAGUGUCAGGACAGGAGGGACUUGGGAGAGGGGAGGUCAGCAGAGGCCGGCGGCAGGCCGCGGAGAUGGGUCGAAAGGGUCCUGGAGGCCGUCACCAGUGAAAGGCAGGGCUUGGUGGGGCCGCGAUCUGGUGUGGAAAUGCGAAUGCCUGCGAGAGAAGGGGCAAUCGAGGGCUCGAGGGACCUUCCCAUAGAAUCUCGGUGGGGGGAUUUACCGGACGCAAGAAUGGGAGAAGUCCUGGAAUUUCCAAGAGAUAAGGGGGGGUACCAACCACCCCGGAGAGAAGAGGAAGGGGGACCAAGUAGAAGGGGCUUUAGAGACGAAAGGCCGGCGGAGGCUGGUGAUAGGCCACGUAGAUGGACCGUAAGAGAAGUAGAUACUGCAUGGGCGCCCGGCGAGAUAACAGGUAGGAGCCAAGGGGUGGAGGCCUGGAGAAGCUUUAGAGGGCAGGACCACGCUCGGUGGGAAGCGGACUGGCCGGAUGAGCGGGGCCGCUACGCGGAGGACCCCUGGGAGCCACCAAGACCUCGAGGCCGGAUAGAGGAGCCCGAUCCCUCGUGGUACAAGCCAUAUGAUCCGGCAAUCAAUGGGCGAAUGGAAGGUCCCUAUUUUCGCCGAUACGACGACCGACGGGUACCGUAUUACGACGUCAACCUGGGUCUGGAGGCGCUUUUCUUCGAUGGACGAGAUGUAACAGGGUUCGUGGAGAAGUGGGAGAGCUAUGCUUACCGUAAAAGAUUCUCCGAAAGAGAGUGGAUCGACUAUUUUAUCCAGCACUCGGACCCCGAGUUAGACACCACGAUCCGGGCUAUCCACCCCUCCGACGGCAUGUGGAGGACCUUCAGGGCGAGCCUAUUGCAGACUUUCUCCUGUGACGACCUGACCCCAACCGUGGAAGGCUUGAGACGAAUUACGAGGGGGGAUCGAGAGAGCUUGGUGGCCUUCACCCGAAGGUUCAAACGCCUGUCCCAGAUCCUAGUGGACAGGGGAAUGCUGUCUGAAGUAGAUAGGUGCGUGAUGUUCAUGUUGCACCUACCAGAGGAGAAGAGGAAAGAGGUCCUUGAAAAGGCCCCAAGGGAUUCCGCAAAUUUCGAGAAAGUCGCGGAGGUAGUUUUCACAGGGGGAGGAGUAGAUGUGAGGGAGUAUAUGAAAGAGACCUUGGACAUGGCACUCCGCAACAUGCGAGGCACGCGAAACGAUGGUCCAAGGGGGAGCGAUAGACCGCCCCCGGGCCCACCUGUUCCUCGGUGGGGAGAACGACCGACCGGAUGGAGGAACGAAUCAAGUGGCCAAGGAGGUUGGAGGAACGACCGGGAGAUAGGGGGGAGUCGUGGUUCCGAUUGGGGGAGUUCCCAUUGGAAGGAUGCUAGGGAUGGAAGGUGGGGAGAUGCCCCUCCAGCAAGGGCCCCUGGGCCGCGACCGGAGGUUAGGGCGCCACCACCCCCAACACCACCGCCACCGGCUCCGCCUGCGCCUAUAGUGACAACAACACAAGGGGGUCUGCGCCCCAACAAUCCCAAAGCUCGGGCCGGGUGUGUCUACUGCAAUGAAGAAAAUCACAUCAAGCGGGACUGCCCUUAUCUCACGGAGGCUUUGAGAUUGGGAGUGGUCAAGCUAAAUGAGAACAAGUGGGUUGUGUGGGGAGAUAGCGGAGAGGCGGUCUCCUUUUACCCAUCAAUGAAGGUGAACGUGGACAAGAGGGUGGCCCUUCAGGAGACUAGACUGGGAAAGAAACCGAAAGUCGGAAGCUCCUACAACACGGCUCACGUCCAAACGGUGGAGUCACCGGGAGGGGUGUCCAUUAGGGAGCCUCAAGCAUUAAGUUCAUAGAAACCCAGCGAGAGGAAGAGAGGCCCUGCCUAAGGGUGAGGACGCAGGUCGGGGCUGAGACAUCUGAGAACCAAGUGAGCGUGACGGAAAGGACAGAAGUGAAGAGCGACGACAAUGACCAGCCAAUGACCGAUGCGAAAACGGUGGAGGAAAAAAAGGAGGAGCCCACAUCGCCAAAAUCGCCGAAGAAAAUGAAGCCCAAAAAGUUCG